GUCGCUCAUAUGUUUAUCGUUUAUAGGAGAAAUGUCAAUUGUCAAUAUAGUGUGUGCAAAAUUUGUAUGAAAUAGAAGAAAUAAAUUAUUAUGGCUGCUGCGAUCCCCCGGCAAGAUAUGCCUCCUACUGGAGGUUAUAAGCCUAUUCCGUAUAAAAGAAUACCGGCGAGAACGUACUUUAGCGGACCUGCAUUAAUAGCAGGCUACUUCGGCAUAACGGCAGGUUCGUGCUACUUAUAUUAUUUAAAUUGCUUAUCUGUACAUCGGGAAGAAAUAGAAAGACGUUCUGCCGAAUUUGCUCUAUACCCGAUGCUGUUAGCGGAACGGGAUCGCGUGUACAUGAAACAGUUAAGAGUAAAUAGAGAUGCUGAAGAGGAACUAAUGAAAAAUGUACCGGGAUGGGAAGUAGGCACUUUGUAUGGCAAACCCGUUUAUCGUAAUUUACCGAAAGAUACAUUAAUUGAACCAGGUUAUGUCGAAUAUUAUGCCCAUGCUAAUUACAAAGAUUUUGCAAAACGUACAAAUUUGUCUCGGUGGUCUUAAUUGAUAUUGAUUCACUGUUAUAGUUCAUAUGUAGAUAAUAAAUUUCAUUACAAUACCGAA